UAUCUUAUUUCAACCGAACAUAAUUUCGUAGCGGACCGAAGCUCACGUUGGGGUCAACUAUUUAGAGGAUGCGCUAGUAGUUUAAUCUAAAAUGUCCAGUUUCUCCAGAUCUGCACAGCAAUGGGCGACCUUUGCCCGUUCCUGGUUCCUGAUUGAUGCCAGGAUGCAGCCGCCUGGGAAGAUUGCAACUAUGUGUUCUAUUAGAUUACAGGGGAAACACAAACCUAUCUACCAUGCUCUGAGUGACUGUGGUGACCAUGUGGUGGUAAUAAACAGCAAACACAUAGCUUUCUCUGGGAACAAAUGGGAACAGAAAGUCUACUCAUCACACACGGGGUACCCUGGUGGAUUCAAACAAGUCACAGCUGCUCAGCUCCAUCAUAAGGACCCAAAAGCUAUCGUAAGGUUAGCAGUUUACGGCAUGCUGCCUCGGAACCUGCACCGGCGCACCAUGAUGCAGCGAUUACACAUCUUUCCUGAAGAUGAGCUGCCAUAUGACAUUCAAGCCAACCUGACAGAGGAGCUGCCUCAGCCCAGAGAAAUACCGAAGAAGCUCAGCGAGUAUACUCAGGAGGAAAUCGAUGCCUUCCCCAGGCUGUGGACACCACCUGAAGACUACAAGAUGAAAUGAAGGCUGCCCAAUGAGACCGAGAAAUGGAGGGGG